AUGAUUAAAAAUAAUGAUGAAGAUAUUGUUGUUCAUUCUUCAAGCUUUGAUACAAAAUAUAAAAAACAAAAAAUAUCUAAUACAUACAUAUCAAGCUUAGAAUUCUCUCAAUCUGAUAAAUUUAAUUCUACUGAAUAUGAUAAUCUAGUUGAUAGUGAUAAUAAUAAAUCUGAUAAAUAUUAUAACUUGGCUAAUAGUGAUAAUGAUACUAUAACUAAUAAGGAUAACAAUCUGAUUAAUAAAAAAUCUUCAAUUUUACCAAACAAAUCUACUAAUAUAUCAAAUUUACCAAAUCUAAAAGAAAUAAA